AUGGCGCAGGGAUUCAAGCCUGCCAAGCCGAAGAAGGCGGCCGCCUCGCCCAAGUCCGGCUCCAAGGCCAAGUCUGGCCCCAAACGAGGACCUCGUGUCAUCGCUCCCAAGAAGAAGGCGGCAGUGCAGGCGGCCAAGACCAAGCAGAAGCAGACCGCCUCCAUCACUGCCCGCAUCGAGCAGGAGAUGGUCGGCCGUGCCUCCAAGGGUGGUCCGCUCACCAUCAUGAAGAAGGCUGCCGAUGGCGACGCAGACGACAAGAAGAAGAACCAGAACAAGAAGUAG